UACAUCAAGCAGCUCGCGUUAGCCACAGCUCUCGCACGCCAAUGAUGAAGAUGACGCACGACGACUACGUCCACCUCUGCCUCAUGGCGCUCGCCUCCGUGGCCACCGGCGGCGACCAAGCACAGGCAGCGGAGGGGCAAUGGCUGCAUACCGUGACUGCGGCGGCGCCAGCAGCCUGCGAGCUCCGGUUCCGGUGCUCCGUAUGCGGCAAGGCGUUCCCGUCCCACCAGGCGCUCGGCGGGCACAAGGCCAGCCACAGGAAACGGGCGGCGCUCGUGCUGCCGCUACAAAGCGUGUCGCCGGCGGAGGAGACGGUCGCAUCGUCGACGUCGUCUGGCGUCGGCGGGCACAGGUGCUCCGUGUGCCACCGGAGCUUCGCGACGGGGCAGGCGCUCGGCGGACACAAGCGGUGCCAUUACUGGGACGGGCUGUCGGUGUCGCUCACGGCGUCCGCGUCGGGCUCCGGGUCCAGCGUGAGGGAUUUCGACCUCAACCUGACGCCGGUGCCGGAGAAGGCCGCCGCCGCCGGCAUGCGAAGGUGGGGAGAGGAGGAGGAGGUGCAGAGCCCCUUGCCAUUCAAGAAGCGGCGGCUGUCAAGUCCUUCCUUGGAGCUUAAUUUAAUACUCCUUGAUUAAGUGUGCUAGAGCUGUCGGUCCCACCGUUCAUUCUUGUUUAUUUCCACUUUUGUUUUUGAGCCUAUUGUUUAUUUCCACUUGAGAGCUCCGUUUGUGAUUACCCCUUGAUUUGUACCGCAUCUCCUGAUUCAUUUGUGACUUUUGGUCAACUGCUAACACAUUUGAUGCAAUAAAUUUGGCACAGGAUGGUUGUUCAAUAGAUGAUGGUUGGUCAAUCUAUUUGACUUUAUGUAUCCCAGUGAUUCUUUCUGACUUUAUGUAAGUUUGAGAAAAGAAAUGUGAUCCUUAAUCAGAAAGCUUAUUACCAACGAGGAGUUUCCUUCAACUCUAGUAUCUUUGACGAUCAAAGAAGCACAAUAAAAGUGAAGAUUCAACUCUAGCUAAGGAUAAUUUCAAAAAACUUAUGACGAAAUCAAGUGAGCUUGUCUCUCUUAUGUUCUGCUCAUGAAGGAUUUCCCUGAACAUUAUGUCCAAUGGAUUAAGCAUAAUGUCCAGGGUGGUGAUGUAACAAUCAUGGUCAAUGGUCAAUUAAAGCCCUAUUUUUAAACACAGAAAGGACUGAGGUAGGGGGACGCCUUCUCACCUAAUAGGUAAAACAUAGGUGUAGACGUCUGUUACAGAAGCUAGUUCAUAGACCAAAUGAUAGUGGUUUAAUUAGUGGUGUAAGUGCCAUGGCUGUAGGGCUUAGCAAGUUAGCAUGCUCCAAUAUGUUCAUAACAGUCUUUUGAAUGGAAGCGGAUUCAAUUCAUAAAGUGCAAACAGUUUAAAAGAUAUCCGCUAUUUAUUAGAGAAUUUUCCUGGUCUAAAGAUCAUUUUUAAUAAAAGUGAAUGUGAUGCUUUGGAGAAGUUAGAUCUGAUUUAGACGCUUAUAGAGACAAUUUAACAUGGUUGCUAGAGUUCUUUCUAUGAACCUUGGCAUUCCCUCAUUAUGCUAAAUUAAGAAAUGGUGAUUGGAAUAAAGUAGAAGGUACAGUACGAACUGGCAAGGCAAAAUGAUGUCCUAUGGUGCCAAAUUAUUUUUGCUAAGAUCUUGUCUCGGUAAUACUCCAUAGGGAUUUUUAUAUUACUACCUUAGGCCUAGUUCCUUUGGUGGCUUCUCCCAUAAGCCUCCCCUCCUCGGCUUCUCCCAGAAGACAACUCUCCCUCCCAAUUCGUUUGACUGCCUUCUGCACAAUCCUCUGACCAUAUUGUCCCUCUUAUAUGUGCUCUCUACACAUCCACUUACGUGUGGGGCCCACCCGAAGAAAAAGGAAAAACAGCUCUCCCCCCUUUCUGUCAAUUACACGUGGGACACGAGCUAAACUAAAAAAGGAAAAAAAAUCCUCUCUCUCUCUCUCACUCUCACUUACAUGUGGGACCGGAA